AGAGUAAAGAGAAGGUCUUUAUUGACUGACCCAUGUGAAACUGAAUCUCCCCUAAUUUAAUUUGCCGACAACGUAAACGCUUCACUUUGAGUAUCUCGAACACAUCCAUGUGUCACUCUAACUCUCUCACUCUUCUUCUCCCCAAUUUCAUGGUCACACUAAUCUUCCUUUAACUUCUCAACAAACAAAUCUUCCCCUUUUUUAUUUUUUGAUCCUUCUCUCUCCUUUUUUUGAUGCGACCCAAGAAUUAUUCUCAGAUGGAGAAACCCAUCUCCAUCACGACGGGGAAGUUUCGGACCAACAACAACAACAAUCAUAACAAUGUCUGGUUCGUUGUUCCACUCUUCUUUAUCCUCUGUUUCGUUCUCCUCUGUUUCGACUACUCUGCUCUCUUCACCGACACAGACGAAACCGCUUUCUCAAUUCCCGACGUUACCCAGAAAUCAACAUCCUCUGAAUUCACGAAAGAUGACAACUUUUCUCGAUUUCCCGACGACCCAUCUCCUGAUUCUUCCUGCUCCGGUCGGUAUAUUUACGUUCAUGAACUUCCGUAUAGAUUCAAUGGUGAUUUGCUUGAUAAUUGCUUUAAGAUUACUAGAGGAACCGAGAAAGAUAUUUGUCCUUACAUCGAAAACUAUGGUUUUGGUCCUGUCAUUAAGAAUUACGAGAAUGUGUUGUUGAAACAAAGUUGGUUUACGACCAAUCAGUUCAUGCUCGAGGUGAUAUUCCACAACAAGAUGAUAAAUUACAGAUGUUUGACUAAUGAUUCGUCACUAGCGUCUGCGGUUUUCGUGCCGUUUUACGCAGGUCUUGAUAUGAGUAGGUAUCUUUGGGGUUUCAACAUUACGGUUAGAGAUUCUUCGUCUCAUGAGCUGAUGGAUUGGCUUGUGGUACAGAAAGAGUGGGGUCGAAUGUCUGGUAGAGACCAUUUCUUGGUUUCAGGAAGGAUUGCUUGGGAUUUCAGGAGACAGACUGAUAACGAAUCUGAUUGGGGAAGCAAGCUUCGGUUCUUACCCGAGUCGCGGAACAUGUCGAUGUUGUCCAUCGAAUCGAGUUCUUGGAAGAAUGAUUACGCUAUUCCGUAUCCGACUUGUUUCCAUCCAAGAUCAGUGGAUGAGAUUGUGGAGUGGCAGGAGCUAAUGAGGUCUCGAAAACGCGAGUAUCUAUUCACCUUUGCGGGUGCUCCAAGGCCUGAAUAUAAAGACUCGGUUCGAGGGAAGAUUAUAGAUGAGUGUUUGGAGUCAAAGAAGCAAUGUUACUUGCUAGACUGUAACUAUGGGAAUGUGAAUUGUGACAACCCUGUCAAUGUGAUGAAGGUUUUCAGGAACUCGGUGUUUUGUCUUCAGCCACCGGGUGAUUCUUACACUAGAAGGUCAAUGUUUGAUUCAAUAUUGGCAGGCUGCAUUCCGGUGUUCUUCCAUCCAGGGACAGCGUACGCUCAAUACAAGUGGCAUUUGCCCAAGAAUCACUCGAGUUACUCGGUUUAUCUACCGGUUAAGGAUGUGAAGGAGUGGAAUAUCAAAAUCAAGGAGAGGUUGAUUGAGAUUCCAGAGGAAAGAGUGGUGAGGUUGAGAGAAGAGGUUAUAAGGUUGAUACCGAAGGUUGUCUACGCUGAUCCGAAGUACGGAUCGGAUGGGAGUGAAGAUGCAUUUGAGUUGGCUGUGAAGGGAAUGUUGGAGAGGAUUGAAGAAGUGAGAGAGAUGAUGAGACAAGGGAAAGAUGGUAGUGAUGGGUUUGAUGAUAGAGAUGAUUAUAAGUAUACUUUUUCUCCAUAUGAAGAACCUCAAGUUUUGGCUUAAAGUGGAAAAUAUGUCAUUAUAGUGGCCUUUUUUUUUUAUAUAGUUUAUAUAGGUAGAAGCAAUUUAGUGGGAAAAAAGAAGAAGAAAAAAAGCUAUUUUGAUAUAAAAGAAAAAACAAAAAGAUGCUAUAUGAAUCCUUCUUCAACCGUUUUGGUUAAGUACUUAAGUUCAUUAUUACUUGAGCAUCUAGUCUGGUCCACCGGAUUUGGUUUGAGUGUAGUUUAGAAAUGAGUUAAAAUUAUGUAAAUUUAAUUUAGGAUUUGAAUGGUUGCGAUGGAGCAAUGUGCAUGGCUCAAAGAAGUAAUAUUUCGGGGUUGGUGGAGGGACAAGGAAGUUCUUGUCUAUGAUAGAGAAAGACGGUGCUCUUGCUUCAACAUUGGUGUCUGAUGUCACAGAUGGUUCCUCCAAUGUCAGAGAGGUAUGGCAACUUUCCUACAAGUGAAUCAAAGUUCUGCUGGGAUUCAAUAGCGCUCCAUUCUGAUCCAACGAUUCAUCGAGUUUAGUGGAUUUGUGUUGCUCUUCAAAAUGACUAGAAACUCAAAAUCUCAUUUAUGUUUUAGUUUAUAAAGUCUGUUGACUGAAUAAUUAUUGCUUAGUUUUGUUCUUUGAUACAUUCUCUGACUUAUAAAAGGCUUAUGUGAUCUGCUCGUCUAUUUUCACCGGACCAAAGUACCAACUUAUGCUUACUUGGUAAAUGAGUCGGAUGAUUGUGUUUGGC